ACUUUGAUGAGUGAUAAUCAGCUCUUCAGCUGUACGAAGACUCGUGGUGGUGGGGUAAAAUGCCGGUAUCGUUGUACGUUAUUUUGCCAGUAAUUCUGGCACUAACUCUUAUACGUGGUUAUCGGGAGAUUAAAUGGGGGCGAUGUAAGAGUAAAAGUUCGCUACAUGGGAGAGUUUUUAUAAUUACUGGUGCAAACUCAGGUAUAGGAAAGGUUACUGCUCGCGAACUUGCCCGGAGGAAGGCUACUGUAAUAAUGGCAUGUCGUAAUAUUAAAAGUGCCAGGGAAGCAAUCGAGGAAAUAAGACAGUCCGUCACGACAGGAGAAUUAAUUCCACUGCAGCUCGACUUGUCAUCUUUAGCGUCUGUGAGAAAUUUUGCAAGUGUAAUCAUUAAAGAUUUUCCGAAAAUUCAUGUGUUGAUCAAUAAUGCAGGAGUAUUUAUACCAAUUGAGGAAAACAGAACAACAGAAGAUGGCUUUGAAAUACACUUUGGUGUGAAUCACCUAGGCCAUUUCCUCCUGACGAACUUGCUGCUGAAGAAAUUAAUGGAAAGUGCACCCAGCAGGAUCGUUAUUGUUUCCUCUACACUGCAUGAAAAAGGAAACAUAGAAUUUGAUAACUUGGAUGGUAAAAAAUGGUCCCGAGGCAAAAGCCGAAUGAAUCCUGGCUACAAUAAUUCAAAGCUUGCAAAUGUAUUGUUUUGCACAGAAUUGGCUGAGAAAUUGAAAGGCACUGGUGUAAAUGUGUACACCCUGUGUCCAGGGCUUGUGUACACAGGGCUAUUCCGAAGUACUCCUAUAAAAUGGUUCCAUUACAUAUUGUUUGCACCAGUGGCUUUUUUCUUCAUGAGGACCCCAACUAAAGGUGCACAAACAAUUUUACAUUGUGCCACAUCUGAGGAAUUGGAAAAUGAAUCUGGACUUAUGUAUCGUGACUGCAAGUUAUACAGAUCCAAGAAGAGUGUAGAGCCAUCUGUUUCUAAAAAGCUGUGGGAAGUUAGUGAGCAGCUUGUGGGCUUGAAGACGGAUUAGCAGUUUUGGAUAUUUAGUGUACACAGGCUGUUGUGUGUGUUCUAUGUAGAACAAGAACUGUUUUGCCACAUCUUCAAGAAUUGUGGCUAUCUGUACAAAGAUAAAUGCCAACUGCUAUCAGAAACAAAUAAAGCAAGUCAAUAUGUAUCCAGCUGAAUGGACAUAUAUAUUAAAUAGGCAAAUUGUAAGAGUUCAUGUAGUUUCAGUAAUUGUGAUAUUCUUAAAACGUAAAAUGUGUUUUGUUCAUCUCAUAACGCCCAGUUUUCAUAUCAUUUGACUUAACAGGCUCAAGAAUAAAAAUGAUUUUGUAUAUUUCUCAAAUAAUGUUACAACAUAAUUAGUGAAUUGCCAUUAAUAAUUUUCACAAAUUAUGAAUGAAUAUGAAGUUUUCAUGACCACCGUUUAACAGAAGGUAUCUGCAAUAUUUAUUGAUAGAAGUGGGAUACAACAUCUACAUGAAAGAAUACAAACAGGAAAUAGCAAUUGUCACUACACACUUCCUCCCCAUUGUGUAUAACAGUAUUUUGGUACCUUCUACUUAUCAUAUGCCCUGUUUCACUGGAGGAUCUAUCAGAAAAGAUUUGAUUUUUUGUUUGAAUAUAAACACAGAUAACUGUGGCAGUCACUUACGAAAUUUACCUCAUUUCUAUGAAAUGGUUUUGAUGAGGUAUGUAGAAGUUUACACAUUCAACAGUACGAAACAGGAUAGAUCGCUACUCACCACAUAGAGGAGGCGCUGAGAGGCAAAUGUGCACGCACACGCACACUCACGGUCACAGCUAUGGCAAUUGUCAUCUCAGUUGGUGGAGUGAUUAAAGAGCAAAAUAGAGAAAGGGAAUGGAUUAUGCAGGAAUAUAUGGGAGGGGGAGGGGAGGAGGAUAAGCAUCUGUGAAGCUGGAGUGGGAACAGGGAAGGGGAUAAGGAAGGUGGCGGGCAGGGGAUUAUUCCAUGUGCCAGACAUUUGCCUAAAGGGAUCAGCAACUUCUUGGACACAGAAGCAUUACAGGGUUCCAUAUGUACAAGGCUUUAUGUACCAGGGUUUGCCUACCAGAACUGCGUCUAUCGCAACAAGGAUAACAGGUAGGAGGAGAAGUGCUCCCAGAGGUCCUCUGUUCCAGGGAUCUAUUUCCUCUGCUGUAUCGUGUGAAGAAAUGAACUGGCAUGAAUUCCUCUGUGUCCCAGGUGUAUAGGGCAGUUCCCUCCCCCAAAGCUCUGGGCCAAUUAUGUACCAGUUCUUAGCAGCCCAUCAGUCAGAGCCUCAUCAGAAGCCACCGCAGCUGGACCUACAACUUUCCAGUGAUAUCCCGAGAUCUACCUGUCGGCCAACUAUGCCAAACACUCAACCUCUUUCAUUAGGGAUUAUCAGUGGCAUAGUCUUCACGUUGCACAACACUUAUUACCUGUGUGAUUCAGCUAGCGUUCCUGUUAGUGUCUGAGAAGUUGUAUUAUUUUUGUAUUGAGAAGAGUUUCUCCUUUGUUACUAAAUCAUUCUACUGUUGUCAUAAUAAAACCUAGUUCUUGUU